GCUGACGCGCUUUUGCGGCUAGGGCCGACAAAUUACAGCCUGAUCUCCUCCACAUCGUCCAACAACCACUCGCAUGAGUUACCCUUUUUUUUCUAUACGGCCCCCGAUUCCCGUGCCAUCCCCGUCCGACCCCCGGUUAGUGGUUUUAUUGUCGGAGGCCGCGCGCGAAAUUAACCUCCACCCCUUACUAAGCCGCGUGGCCUUCCCCGUAGUAUCUUCCCGAGGCCCUUGCGUGCCAGGUGCCUGUCUCAUGGCAAGAGGACCACAUGCCACAUGUCACCCUGCUUUCGAACUGUUAUGCUGGCUCGCGAGGCAGUGCUUAGUCUACCCUCCUUGCCUUGCUCGCGAUGCACCCAGCUCCAGAGACACGCGACGGAACGCCUCCUCCGCUUGCCGCCGCAACUCUGGCGGGCAGCACGUCCAUCGUCGUGUCAGCAGGUGGGAUCGGUUCCUUGGCAAAGAUCCAUCAAGCCGUCUUGGCCGCGUCAUCGUCGCUGUGCCCAAGCCUCUUCUCUGUGUGCGUCCCUUUCAACCCCUCAUGCUCAACGAGGGUUCCGUGCCCUAACUGCAGGCUUCCCGCGUCGAACCUAUCACCCCAAAUCCCCGACUGGAGGAUAUCGUGUCCCCAGUCCGUGAGACCUCUUCGGCUCCGUAGGGCUUUCUGAUGUCGCGCAGUGACGGGAUCGUUGGACAGACGGGAAAACUUGGAAAAGGAUCACACUGCUUGGUGCAGGUGAUUUCUGUGAGAGAGUGACUUUGGUAUCUUCUUCGCCUCGGACGGCGGGAUUGGCUCGGAGUGGUAUGGUUCCUCUCCCUGCUCUCACCCCCUCACCUUAGUCUCUAGGAUCCUUGGCCAUGAA